CAUCUGUCUGUCUGUCUGCCGCUGCAGGUUACGACGAUGUGAUGCUCCAUCGAAAAGGCUUCUCCCCUGAAACCUGAUAUUAUGCGGGGAGCAAGGGGCGCUGCACGGAUACAAGGGGAACAAAGCGACGGUUUAGAAAAGGUUUUACAAACUGGCAGUAUUCGCCAACUAUGGUUGACCCCUCGGAGGCCGACGAGCAGACUAAGUGUAAAGGCCCGCAGCUCGACCCCCCCUCCGUGGUCUCUGAAGACCCCCGGCUGCCGGAUCAGGCGGACGGCACGACGACAGAGGAGGAUGGGGACGCCGGUUUUGAGACUCCUCCCACCGGCAGUUCUGAGCCGAGCCCCUGCCACACCGCCGCUCCUCCGCCGGGACCGGACCCCGCCGCUCAUCGGGGGGCUCCGCCUCAGCAACCACAGACUCAGACGGACAAAGACCCGCCCCCAAAGCUACACCUGGACCUGUACAACUUCGACUCGCCGGCCGCCGAGGGGAGCCGCUACGUGCUGACGAGCCCGCGCUCUCUGGAGGCGUGCGCUCGCUGCGGGGUCAAACCCGUGGAGCUGCUGUCUCGCCCGCUCGCCGACUUCGCCCGCGAGGCGCCCGGGCGCUCCAUGCGCGUGGCGACCGGUCUGUUCGAGGUCUACGAGAGGGACCGGCACGCCAAGCUGAGGCAGUGCAGGGAGGAGAGAGAGAGGAUCAUCAGGGAGGAGAAACGCCGGAUCCUGCAGGCGGCGGUGAACAACAACGGCGGCGCGUCGUCGUCCUCGGUGGAGCCGCAGCACAAAGCCGCCUCAGGAUCCACGCUGUCCCCAAAAUCUGGAACGGUGACCUCCAGCUUGGCGCCGGAGUCUGGAGCGUCCUCUAGAUCGACCUCAUCGGGUCAAACCUCCAAAACGACCACGGCUCUUUUACCUAAAGCGUCCUCCUCCGGUUUCAGUACCUCCCCUAAAUUUGCCAAUUCAGGAUCGACUCCGCCCUCAAAAACGGGUUCAACGACCUCCAAGCCGCCGUCGUAUCGAGCUGGUUUUUCAUCGUCUGAACAGGUUAAGAAUGCUCGCCCUCUCUCGUCCGGCCCGCCGCCUGUCGUCAGGAAGUCCUCAGGCGGUAAAACCUCAAACACAUUCCCCAGAUCGACGCCCAAACUUCCCGCCUUCCCCCGAGCCAACUCCACGUUAACGUCCUCUGUGUCCAAACCUGCGGCUCAGGGCCCCAGCAGGCCUCUGAACGGCCUGACGGGGGGACCGGCCUCCCAGCACAACGGCCAUCUUGGAUUACACGCUAAGGGGCGUGGGAAAAGCCACUCGUUGGAGUCCCUGCAGCGGAGGGUCGACCCGGUCUGCUCCUCCACCUCCACCAUAACCACCACCACGUGCACCUCCUCCGAGUCGGGUAACUCCUCCUCCUACAGCUGGGAUGGCGCCCGGGAUCACUGGGCCAAGUUCUCCAGUCCCCGUGCUCGCACCAUGGCCACGUUCAACUCCCUGAUGGGCCGCAGCCUCAGCCUCGGCGACCUCAGCCACUCCCUGCAGACCACCCAGAAGGUGGAGCGCAUCGUGAGGGAGGUGAAGCGCCGCGGCCUGAAGGCGGUGUCUGAGCGCGACAGGAAGAUCGCCGCCCUGAUGCUGGCGAGGUACCAGGAGGAAGACAUCAUGAGUCAGACCCGCUACGUGGCUCACCUGCAGUGGGACAGCGAGCGCCGGAUGGACGAGCUGAGGCGCGAGCAGGAGGACCGGGAGAAGCAGAGGGCGGUGCUGGAGUGUCAGCGGGUGUGGCAGACGCAGGUGACCACGCGCCAACGGAGACUCAGCCAGCAGGAGCGCCAGUCGGUGGCGGCGAAGAUGAGGCAGGCGGAGGAGAGCGAGGAGCGCUGGAGGGAGCUCUCGGAGCAGCAGGAGCGAGGGCGCCUGCAGAGGCUGCAGCAGGCGGCGCGCGAGGAGAAGCACAAGAAGGCGCUGCAGGAGCAGAACCUGAAGGCGCUGGAGGAGGAGCGGGCGGCCAUGUUGGAACAGGAGCGCCUGCUGCUGAAGGAGAAACUCACCAUGGCCGAGCUGAAGAGGCAGGAGAAGGAGCACCAGGGGCAGGAGGACCGCCGGGGCCUGAACAAGGCCGAGAAGAGACGCCACGCCGCCCUCAUCCAGGAGAUCGCCCGCCGAGAGCAGGAGGAGAGAGAGGAGGCGAGGAGGGCGGCCGAGGACAAGCUGAGCCGCUCGCUGGAGAACUACGAGCAGAUCGUGGAGCGGCGAGGCCAGGAGCUGAAGGAGAAGGCCAAGCGCGAGGAGAAGCAGAUCCAGAAAGCUCGCCAAGCGGCCGAGAGGCGCGAGAAGCAGCAGCAGCUUCUCCUGGAGGCGCGGGCGAAGGAGGCGGAGAAACGGGCGCAGCAGGCGACCCUGGUGGCGGAGGAGCGGGCGAAAGAGAAGGCGCAGCGGGCGGUGGCGAGCCGGCAGGAGAAGGAGCGUCUCCAGAGGGUGAACAGGCAGCGCGUGGAGGAGGAGGAGAAGCAGAGGCGCCUGGAGCUGCUGCAGUCCAUCGAGAGGAAGCUGGAGAAGAGCGAGCAGAUCUUCAAGGAGAAGAGGGCGGUGCUGGAGAGCGCUCGCUCCGUGGCCCGGGCGUCGUUUCACGUACGAGACAAAGUGCGGGAGGAGACGAACAUGCGUACUUUUGAUAAAAUGGCUCUGGAGGCUCAGCUCAAAGCCAGCCUGGACGAGAAAUAAAACCUGACUUCCUGUCAGGGACUUUACUUCUGUUCAUGUGCUCGCCGUCACUGUGGCGCUCAUCAGCCAAUAGCUUUACCCCUUUAUCCCAUAAGUGUUAUUUUACCCAUAAUUCUCUUUUUACUUAACGUCCAAUCAGAGCAAACCAAAACAUUUUCUAUCACGGAUGAAACGAGACGAGAACCUAAAGACAGAAAUCAAAACUGAGGAAACAAACAGAAGAGAGAGAGCUGCAACACAAUCCUCUCUCUCUCUCUGUCUCUCUCUCUGUCUCUCUCUGUCUCUCUCUCUCUCUCUCUCUCUCUCUCUGUCUCUGUCUCUCUCUCUGU